AUGGUGCACUGUGCGGGCUGCAAAAGGCCCAUCCUGGACCGUUUCCUAUUGAACGUGCUGGACAGGGCCUGGCAUGUCAAGUGCGUCCAGUGUUGUGAAUGUAAAUGCAACCUGACCGAGAAGUGCUUCUCCCGGGAAGGCAAGCUCUACUGUAAAAACGACUUCUUCCGAUGUUUCGGUACCAAAUGCGCGGGCUGUGCGCAGGGCAUCUCUCCAAGCGAUCUGGUUCGGAGAGCGCGAAGCAAAGUGUUUCACCUUAACUGCUUCACCUGCAUGAUGUGUAACAAGCAGCUUUCCACCGGCGAGGAGCUCUACAUCAUCGACGAGAACAAGUUCGUUUGUAAAGAGGAUUACCUGAGUAACAGCAGUGUCGCCAAAGAGAACAGCCUCCACUCGGCCACCACAGGCAGUGACCCUAGUUUAUCUCCGGAUUCCCAAGAUCCAUCGCAAGAUGAUGCCAAGGACUCUGAAAGUGCCAAUGUUUCGGAUAAGGAAGGUGGUAGCAAUGAGAACGAUGACCAGAACCUAGGUGCCAAACGCAGGGGACCCCGGACCACGAUCAAAGCCAAGCAACUGGAGACGUUGAAGGCAGCCUUUGCAGCUACACCCAAGCCCACACGCCAUAUCCGUGAGCAAUUGGCCCAGGAGACUGGCCUCAACAUGCGUGUUAUCCAGGUCUGGUUCCAGAAUCGACGCUCCAAGGAGCGGAGGAUGAAGCAGCUAAGCGCGCUGGGCGCGCGGCGCCACGCCUUUUUCCGAAGUCCUCGCCGGAUGCGGCCGCUGGUGGACCGCCUGGAGCCAGGGGAACUCAUCCCCAAUGGCCCCUUCUCCUUUUACGGAGAUUACCAGAGUGAGUACUACGGUCCUGGAGGCAACUACGACUUCUUCCCGCAAGGACCGCCAUCCUCGCAGGCCCAGACGCCAGUGGAUCUACCCUUUGUGCCAUCAUCUGGACCUUCGGGGACGCCACUUGGAGGUCUGGACCACCCGCUGCCUGGCCACCACCCUUCCAGUGAGGCGCAGCGAUUCACUGACAUCCUGGCACACCCACCGGGGGACUCGCCUAGUCCUGAGCCCAGCUUGCCCGGGCCUCUCCACUCCAUGUCAGCGGAGGUCUUCGGGCCCAGUCCACCUUUCUCAUCGCUGUCGGUCAAUGGUGGAGCCAGCUAUGGGAACCACUUGUCUCACCCUCCUGAAAUGAACGAGGCAGCCGUGUGGUAG